AUGAGAAUUAGUUGGCUCGCUACCUGCGAAGUGGACACCGUUUCAAAUGAGCUUGCACUCAAAAGGGACUCUGGCGAAUACGGAGCCAAACGCUGCAAGAUGGCCACGAUCAUAUUCGAUCGUAACCCGAACUUGAAGGGAAAGCAAUCAACAUGUGACCUGGGCCGGAACCAAGAAAAUGGUGUCCCCGGUCGAACGGCGAAACACUGGAAAUCUCACGAUAUCGAUGACGCGAAUUGA